AUCUACUCAUCAUCACAUGAGUAUUUAUCCGGAUCUCAGCCGACAGGAUGCUUACUGAACUGCCCGCGGAGCUCUUGUGGGCGGUAUGGGCCGAGUUGCAGUACAAUCCCGGGAUUUGCAACGCCCUCAUUCAGACAUGCCGCCGGCUCUACAACACCUUCAAUGACGACUUUUACGAUUACUAUAUCCACCGCCACAAACGAGGAGCGAGGAGGCCCAUGCUAUGGGCCGCGUUGAACGGCAGAGAGGAUUGUAUUGGCAGCCUGCUCGCACAUGGAGCCAAUCCGAGAAUUAUGGACGGUGCUACCAUCGAGGAGAGUGCUGGGCACCGUGAGCACUCACUCACCUGUAUAGGUGAGGAACAAAUCUUGCAGGAAAGAAUGCGUUGGAAAUCAACGACGCCUUUAUCCUCCGCUGUCCGUCGUGGCCAUCUUGGUGUGGCCAAAUUGCUUCUGGACGGGGGUGCCAACGUGAACGCUCAUACAAAAGCUGGUCGUCUUCCAAUUAUUUGGGCGAUGGAGUCAAAGCAGGUGGAGAUGCUGGAUUUGCUCAUCAACUCAGGCGCAAGAAUCGACUUUCCCCUCUGGGGAUAUGAUAACCUUCUUACAUACGCCAUUUCGCAUGGAUGGAUUGGUGGAAUUCGAGCUCUUGUUGCGCAGCGGCAGGAGGCCACUGGUUCUGUGUUUCAUCCGAAAACUUCGGAGUUCGAGGACGCGCUGGUGCUCGCUAUGCUUGGAGGACGUAAACAAGCAAUCGACCCGUUCCUCGAGGCCAUGAACAGCGUAAACGAUCAGUUGUGUAGGAAACAUACGCCUCUUAAGAUUGCGGUGACAGAAGGCUUCUCGGGCUGCAUCAACUCAAUUCUCGACCAUGGUGGCUUAGUUGACCAUGAGAAUCAUGGAGAAUCAUGGUCUGCAAUACACACUGCGGUGAUGAGGGGCGAUAAGAAAACUACCGGGAUACUCAUCGAUAGAGGGGUUUCUACGGACACAAGGAGCUUGAAUGGGAGGACGCCACUCAUUGCCGCUGUGUAUGAAGAGGAUCUAGGGAUGGUGGAUUUGCUUCUUGAUCGAGCGGCGGAACCGGAAGCUCGAGACAGUGACGGCUACACUGCGUUACUCUGCGCUGCAAUGCGAGGAUCGCCUGGUAUGAUACAUCAUUUACUUCCCAGAGCUGACAUUAAUGUGUUGGAUCCCCACGGUUAUACAGCGCUCUCCAUCGCCAUCCAAGGCGAUAACAUCCGUGCUGUGAAAGCACUAUUAAAGGCCGACAAGGCAGCAGGCCAGGCGCAAAAAGGGGCCACUGCAGAUAGCUCUGGAAAUAGGCUGCUAAUCGACAAACCGGACUCACGGGGCCGUACCCCACUCUUCUUGGCCACUCAGUAUGGAGCCCCAGAUGUUGUCCAGCUACUGCUAAACUACGGAAGUAAUGCUGUGUAUACCCCCACAUGCACCGGCCGAACUCCAUUAUCAUUCGCAGAGACCCAGCGGGACAAGUUUAAGACUAGCACAGUCCCAAUCCUCCAAUCGGCGGUACGAGACAUCGAAACCAUCAUACAGUUACUUCGGGCCUCAUCGCCAGCAGACAUCAAGAUAGGCUGGAAAGGACCUGACCAGACACAAAUGGCUGGCUUUGUCGCAAAAUGUGUCAUCUGCCGAGUGCGUAUUUCUACAUAUGAUCCUCCUGCGACAUGUAAGUACUGCUCAGUCAAGGAAGGAUUCACUGCCGGCAAAUGCUUUGAAUGCUGCGCACUGAAAAUGCUCUGUCGACAUGAACAGGGAUAGCGACCGUCUGCUACAAUGACCAUCCACGAAUGACUGACCCGGGCCUGAGGACAGCGUUUUGAAACGUCGCCCGCCGUCCAAUAUUGUGCCGUGACAUGGCCGGGAAAGCGCGAUUUAAGGGCGUGGGCUCCUUGCGAUUCUUUUUUUCCGCUUUUUUUCUUUACAUUCAGCAUUUCGAUUGAAUGACCCAGACCGGUCAGUUAUUGUACGGGAAGGGAUACACUAUUAAAGCUGGGACUGAGGUCAAAAUAAUGCGAGAAUACGAAGCGAGAUUAGUUGUGCUGGCUUUUCUCCUGUAGUGUAGAGCUGCACGGACGUGUCAUCAGUGUCCUGAGGUGACCUCAAGUCUACUCACAGGUCCUGCAUGCGUAUACUCACUCCUCUA